CGCACACAACGAUACUUUAAUCUGACGGUUACACCGAAAGCAGUGGAUGGGAAAAACGGGUCAAAAACAAGAGACAUACGCCCUCGUUGGCUAUAAACCUGCUCGUAUCAUUCCCUUCGCUACCGUCAAGUGUACAAGAUUCUUCGCCCGAAGUACGUCCGUCCGACAGUGUGAUGGCAUUCGAAUACAUCGAUAUAGAGGAUCCCAUCUUCAAGGCUACGUGCCGUGAUCGUAACGAAGAAGACUACGUGCUAGUGCGAUGCAACGAUUACGCUACGGUCCCGAUCAAUCUGCCCGACUGGGCUCCGGAACCUGUCUGCCUUUCGACACGGUACGAGCGUAUCGCACAAACGAUCAAAAACAUGGAGGUCCGGCCGGAUGACGUUUGGAUCGUAACGUACCCGAAAAGUGGAACCACCUGGACACAGGAGCUGAUCUGGCUGGUCUGCAACGGGCUUGACUUCCAGACGGCGAAAGACGUUUCAAUCGACGCACGGUUUCCCUUCAUUGACUUAUCCGGACUCCGUGAUCUUCCAGAACCGUUUAAUCCGCUGCGUGAUGCACUGGAGAUGCGUUCACCGCGCUUCAUCAAAUCCCAUCUACCACCCGCCUUUCUCCCGAACGCUCUAUGGACCGUGCAGCCGAAGCUUGUCUACGUACGCCGCAAUCCGAAAUCGGUCGCCGUCUCGUACUACCAUCACUCCGUAUCCCUGCACUGCUACAACGGAACGCUGGACCAGUUUGUACGUUCGAUGAUGAACGAGCUGGUUUACUAUUCACCCUACCACAAGCAUCUGAUCGAGUACAGUGAGCUGCGCUAUCCAAAUAUGCUUUCACUGUGCUUCGAAGACAUGAAACGAGAUCUGCCCGGUGCCAUCCGACAAGUUUGUCAAUUUUUUGAUAAAUCGUACACCGACGAACAGAUUGGGCAGCUGGCGAACCAUCUGGGUUUCGAUCAAAUGCGUCACAAUGCGGCCGUCAAUCGGCGGGAGUGGAUCCAGUACAAUCUGCAGCAAACCAAUCGUACUGAUAAACUGGACGAUAACGACAUGCAGUUCAUACGGCGUGGUGAAGCGGACGGGUGGCGGAAGGAACUAUCACCCGAACUGAUCGAGGCCAUCGAUCGGUGGACGCUGGAGAAGGUCCCGAAGGAUAGCAAAUAUGCGCCACUAUUUUAUUAAGUACCGGGGCGAAAGAGCAUUUGCUUUGAAGCAAGGAUCGAGCAAUUGUAGCUAGUAGCACCAAUGGGAAGAUUAGCAAGUUUUUCGAUAAAAAGGUAGCUUAAUAGAUUUUUCUUUAAAUAAACUAAUAGAUAGAAAUAAAUCUGAACACAUCCAAUCCCAGCUUAGGAUGAAAAAGCAGCCCGAAGUUGUCUGCAAAACAACGUCCAGCAAUUAAAAUAUUAACCCUCACUGACCUACAUAUUCCAUUUAUCCUCAAAUAUAACCAACUGUUUCUAUAGGUUCAUUAAAAGAAACAACCACAAUAAAUACCAUUACUUCCGUACU